UAUUUAUGUGCCACAAGCUACAAUAUUGUCCUCUCAGAAGAAAAGAGUCAAAACAUUUAGCUGAUCAGUUCCUUUUACAAGGACUCAAAAAUCUUGAAUCUAAAUUUGUCCUUUCAAUAAACCAGGAAUAUGAGCUCAGUUAAUCCUGAAGAUCUGGCUAGUACUUCACUCAAUGUCACGAAAAAAGGCGGUUGGAUCACCAUUCCUUUCAUUUUAGGUCUCUCCCUUUUACUUUUUCUUAAUGUCAACAAGAUCAUUUUCCACACACACACACACUAAACUUUGAGAUCGAUGUUUCAUGUGGUGGCAUACAGCAACAAUGGCUGGAAUAUCACUUGCGUUUGGUGGACUGCUCAGCAACCUAGAAGUGUACCUGAUUGAAGAGUUCAACAUCAAGAGCAUCAGUGCUGCAAAGAUAUUCAAUAUGGUCAACGGCCUCGUUUCCAUAUUACCAAUUGGAGCAGCCAUUUUAGCCGACUCUUUUCUUGGUUGCUAUUCUGUCAUCUGGUUUUCUUCUCUCAUCUCAUCACUGGGGAUGCUGCUAAUAACACUGACAGCAGCAUUUAGCAAAUUAAGACCACCGCCUUGCCAAAGUACUGGGUCAAAUAAUCUUUGUACAGAUCCUACAAGACUCCAAUUAGGUGUUCUUUAUCUAAGCUUGGCACUAGCAGUUUUAGGGAUGUCCGGAAAUCGAUUCACCCUGGCACCGAUGGGCGCGUACCAAUUCGAUAAACCAAAACAUCAAGGAAUUUUCUUCAACUGGUAUAUAUUUGUGAUAUACACAUGCCUUAUUAUAAGCACAACGGCUAUUGUUUAUGUUCAGAACAAUGUGAGUUGGGCAUGGGGGUUUGGUAUUUCAACAGCUGCAAAUGCGCUGGGAUUGUUGUUGUUUGUUCUUGGCACGAGAUUCUAUCGUCAGUUGAAGCCGCAAGGGAGCCCUUUUGCUCGCUUGGCUCGCGUUGUCAUUGCAGCUAUUCGAAACAGGGGAGUUAAGCUUUCCAAAAAUCCAGAGGAUUAUUGCCAAGACAUUGAAACUAAGACUCCAACUUUGCCUACAAAAUUUUUCAGGGUCUUGAACCGUGCAGCAAUUAAAAGUACCCAAGGAGAUGUGGCGAAUCAUGAGAUCACUGGAUCCGUAAGAAAAUCAUGGAAGUUUUGUGCAGUUACAGAAGUAGAAGAUUUCAAAAACCUAAUCAAAUUGCUACCACUGUGGACAAGUGCAUUGCUUGUGUCCGUUCCAUUAGCCAUCCAAAUGAGUAUGGGAAUCCUUCAAGCCCUAACCAUGGACCGCCAUCUUGGACACAAUUUCCAAAUCCCAGCGGCAUCAGUUGCCGUCUUCUUAUCCAUUUCCACUUGUAUUACAGUUUGCUUCACUGAUCGAGUCUUAAUGCCGGUGUGGAGCAAAUUCGCUCCCCGCCCCAUGACUCCUCUUCAGCGUAUAGGAAUCGGCCAUUUGGUUGAUGUUCUUAGCAUGGCAGCUUUAGCCUUGGUGGAGGUGAGGCGGCUGAAAAUCGCACGAUCACAUAAUCUUCAGGAUCAAGUUAAUGCUGUGGUGCCAAUGUCAAUAUUUUGGUUAGUUCCAUCGUUAGCUCUUGCUGGAAUGGGAGAAGCAUUCCAUUUCCCUGGACACAUUGCAUUUUAUUACCAAGAAUUUCCAAUGUACCUAAAAAGUACUUCCACUGCGGUGGUUUCCCUGUCCAUUGGCAUUGCGUUUUACAUGGGCAAUGCUUUGAUUGACGCCAUUCGCAGGUCAACUGAUUGGUUGCCGGACAAUAUAAACAAGGGGAGAUUAGACAACGUUUUCUGGGUAAUCACUAUCCUAGGAGGCGUCAACUUUUGUUAUUUCCUCGUAUGUGCCUCGUUGUACAAGUAUAAAACUGUUGAAAAUGUAGUGGAUGAUGAUUCUGUAAACAAAGCAUAAUAUGAGAAGGUGCUCUUUCCUCUUGCUGCAUCAUCUCUCAUUUCAUGAAAGCUUGAACUUUGUAAUGUAUUUACGUCCUCCAGAUUUCCCUUUAUUGAAGAAACUGAAGAAUAAUAGUGUUGAAGCUAGGAACUUCACUAUUAAUGUUCUAUUAACUUCAUUUGAGGCCAAAGAAAAGAUAAUGAC